AGAACCUUGUAAUGAGAUCUAUUCAUUCUGGCUGAAUGUUAAUAGAUCAAAAUUGGUCGAUUAGAACCAGACUUGGCCACAUAUGAAGUUCUUUAAUUUCUCCUCGUCUCCCCAUACCUGUGUUCAAGUUCUACCGAACAAUAAUGCCACUAAGCCCUUGGCUAACAAAAAAAAUAACCUUCCCAACACUAUUGUGACGGGUUGAAGAUACUAGUUAAUCACCUUGAAGUUCUCUCAGUUGUUUAGAAGUUUGAGUAUCAGUGCAGGAUGAUUACCCUUUGCCAUUCUGUCACCAAUUUUGUGUUGAUUUUAGAACACCUCAAAAACAUAUGGAGCAAACACACUGCCAAAUAUUUUUAAGGCAAAAUUUCCUGAUUAAUAAUAAUCAUCUCUUCCUGUAUUAAUUAUUUAUUUAAGCCCUUGGCUGACAAAAAAUAACCUUCCCAACACUUUUGUCACGGGUUGUAGAUACUAGUCUACAAGUCUAUUUUUAUUUUAAUAGAGACCUUCUACAGAGAAGGACGCAGCAAAGCAAUCAUCUCCGUCUGCCCUCCGUCAAAUUAGAAUGUACAAAAAAGCUUUUUAUUAUCAUGGCUAUGUAGUUUUUAAUCGUAAUUUCUAAUUUUUGUUAAUCCUAUUUUGUGAUAAAUUUUUAUAUGCUGUUUUUAGCGGAGCUCCGGCAGCCCGAAGUACUGCCAAGCAAGGAAGGAAGUCUCUGCUUAGGUGGGAAUCUGGAAGUUUUUUUUGGUGUUUGAGCUGUUUGUUUUGUGAUGGAUUUUCCUGUUAAGCCUGCCUGCUACGACUCUGUGCCUGCGUGUCUUUGUAUGCAAUGUCAAUUGUAUGAUGUCAAGCAAAUGGUUCGUGCCAAGUCCGCUACAGUGUCGUCUCGUUCACCGUUUUUACCUCGUUAUGCCGUUUCGUUGUUGUCCCGUCCCACCAUUGAGUCUGCACCAUGUGCUGUUUCGUCCGUCUUGUCUACUCGCCCAUCUUCGUCUGUUGCUGCUUCUACGUAUGGUUUAGCUGAUAUUGACGCCCCCAAGUAUGUUUGUGAGCCUGAUUGUUUUCCACGCCGCCCGUACUUGUCUCAUCCGCGUGUUGAUUUUGCUGACCUGUCUUCGCCUUGUUUUUUGCCUGGCUCUGGUUCUGGUCCUGCCGUCAGCCCUGCUAGCUCUGCUGCUGUUCCGGUUGUCCAGUCCAGUUGUCCUGCUAACUCCGUUGCUGUUUCGCCUGUACGUUCUAGUUGUUCUGUUGCUUAUGUUGCUGUUUUGCCUGCUGUUACGUCUAGUCCUGUUACCACUUCGCAUGGUAGCCCUGUUAGUUCUGUUGCUGCUUCGGCUGCUGCUACGUUUGGUCCUGUUGCUGCACCUCGUCGUCUGUUCCCUGGAUUUUGUACGCCUUUUUCCAAGCCGGUUAUCCGUCCCGUUUUUCCUGUGGCUCGCUUUGUCUUGAUUCCGUUGCCCCGGAGCAGUGUAUGUUAGUCCUGUUGUCUGAUGUUUUUGCCUGUUCGUCUCUCGUUUGUUUGUUUCUAUGUUUCCUGUUUGUAGGGGCGGGGUUCGAUCCCCUGGUGAAGUUGACGUGUUGGUUGCACCCCCGUAUUUAGGCAAUCCAGUGUGUGUAUUGGAUUAGUCGGUAUGACCGGCAGGCAUUGCACUACCGCCUGCCGAUCACCUUAAAUACAAAAAACAUCAGCUAAUAGGUUGACAGACAUGCAUCCUUGGUUUAUAGCAUCCUUCUUUGAUCUUGGACACCAUGUUAACUUGCUGUAAACAGGGCCGGGUUGUUCGGAAGCCAGUUAACACUAACCCAGGAUUACAAAAGUUAACUGAAGUACAUUAUAAUUUUUUUUUUGUAUACAAAUGUUUUUCACUACUUUUGCUUUGUGUAUUUUGAGGACCUUAAGAUUAUUCAGACUCAAAACGGAAGGCCAAACAACAUAAACAGAAAACCGCACAGCAAAACUCAAUUUAAAAUUCUCGCAUAUCGAAGGUAAGCUUAAUUGAAAGGCCGCGUGCAAGAACGUCCCCUAGAUUUUUUGGC